AUGGACAACGACCAUGAUCAAGAUAUAACUGCCUCUCGUCUUUUCUCAUGCUUCUCCUCUAACAACAGCUUAGUUCCGACCCAGACAACGCAAAUGCCCGGACACUGGCUCGCAGACAGCCCAGGCAAGCUGCUCGACAAAUUCAACAUAGAGCAGGGUCUAGCAGGGGUAGAUGGUUUCCCAUACAAUGUCCUCGUCGUCCGGAUCUUCAUCUUCUACAAAGACGCUGUCUUGCUCACUCGAGAGGGAAACGACUGGACAGUGCCUACGAUGUAUUUUCCAGAAGACACCAGAAACGUUGCCAGCUGGGAUCAGAUCUCCGUCCCUCAAAACACCAACUUCCGCUGGGUCAACAACGACCACGGCGCUAUGAUAAACCUCUCUCCACAAACCACCCCCAGCGGCGGUCUCACCCCCGAAACCAUUCAACAAGCCCACCAACGCCUAACCACCUGCUCCAAACACACCCUCCUCGGCCGUGCAGCCGCGUCUCCCAAUCCCCAACGCGCCUUAGCCUCAGUAUGCAACUCCAUGAUAACCAGCAUCCUCAUUACGCGAGCCAUCGUCAAGGGCCAGGACACUCCAGGCUAUGGUCGCGUCCUCGUCGACAAAGCACCCGGGAAGAGAGAGCUCUUCUUCUCUGGCAAUAUGUCCGCGGAGGAGUUCGAACGAACUGCCGUGGGCAGUGAGACGCUGUAUACGAGUGACCGGGACCGGGUGUUUAUUGUGGCGGCGAAGUGGAGUCGGGAGCAGAUCGUGGGCGUUGAGCAGUUUGCGUAUUGGGGAGAGGUGUUUGAUCUGUCGGGGAGGUUGAGGGAGAAUUUAGGGUGGGAUUGGGAUUAA